AUGGAAUUGCCACGAACAGAGUGCCGAGCAACCUGUUUCAAAAACUCCUCUUACAUAUUUUCGAAAAGUGGAAGAGGUUGGUAUCAGAACAGGGAUGUCUGUUUCAGCCAGGGAGGUGACUUAGUCUCCAUCGAAACUGAAGAAGAAUGGAAGUUUAUCAAAUAUGAAAUUCAAAAGCGUGGUACUUGGAGUACUAGUGCGUGGCACAUUGGUUUAUGGAAGAUAGCCGAGGUUUGGACUUGGCUGAGUGGAGAAAAACUAAAUAUUUCGAAAUAUGGAGAUUCUGAGCCAGAUGGUAACGAAAAAAAGGCGGAAAUAUCCAAGAAUGGAGGCCUCUUUAAUGGUAUCCCUUGGAAUCAUGCAGGUGCCUACAUUUGCGAGAUUCCCGAAGCAUCGUCAUCGCCAUCGCCAUCGCCAACAACACCAUUGUCAUGGUUUUUAAGGACAGUCGAGGAGCUGGCAAAUGCUUCUGUGUCAAAAUUAUCCGGAAUAAACAUUACCAGAAAUAUUUCCAUAAAGGAGGCUGUAGGUGUGUUUGAAAAUUUCACCAUAAAUAUCGCGAACGUCGCAAAAGACAUGGCCAACAUGGAAGAGGUUAAGACUCUAAGAAAAUCCAUCUUUGAGGUGGCAGAGGCCGUCGAGAAAUUUGCUCUUAAUUAUGGAAAGCAGCACCUGAGUGGAAUGAGGCUUUCAAAAAGGAUCGUGUACCCAAAAAUGGUUUUGGCCAUUCAAAAAGCCUAUCGCCAGAAUGCGAGUUACUUCCACUUUGAGGAACAACGAUGGCAAGCGAGAAUCGAUAUCGCUUCUUCAAAUUUUGAGGAAAAUGGAUCAUUGGUGGUUGCUUUUGUGUACAAGGAUCUGCAUGACCUACUUCUGACAGAUCAACCUAUCAGGAAUAAAACAGUCAACAAAGGGUAUAUCAACUCCAGGAUAAUGGCCAUAACUAUGGACCCCAAGCCAAAUAAAUUGGGAGAAAAUGUCAUCCUUAAGUUCAAAAACCUUAAGGUCUUGACAGCAGAGAAGCGUUGUAUGUUUUGGAGUGGCAGCAGCAAUAGGUCAGAAGGCUUUUCAGAGGAAGGAUGCCAUGUAGUUACAUCAAAAAGCAACUCAGAAGAAACAGUUUGCAGCUGCAAUCAUUUGACGCAUUUCGCCGUCUUAAUGGACUACGACGGUAGCACAAAGCUCACCGAGGAGGACGAAACAGUUCUGAAAGUUAUCACCUACGUGGGACUGAGCCUCUCCAUCGUCGGGAUACUUUUAACAUUAAUACUUUAUUCUUGCCUCACAGAUGUUCGUCAACCUCUCCCUCAAAUUCGACUGAGUGUUUCUAUGUCCCUUGGAGCUGGACAGAUCAUCUUCAUCGCCGGAAUAAACGCCACAGAAAAUAAAGCUGCCUGUGUUACAAUAGCAGCUCUGAUGCAGUAUUUCUUCAUGGCCGCUUUCUGUUGGAUGCUGAUCGAGGCAAUUUAUCUCUACUUCUUUGUUGUGAAAGUUUACAACAUCAACACCAAGAUGCACAUGUAUCACGUCAUCUCAUGGGGUCUUCCAGUGAUCAUGGUGGCCAUUUCACUUAGCAUCGUUGCCGGGAAAGAAGGGUUACAAAGCUAUACGAGUGAUAAAUAUUGCUGGCUUUCCUCGACUAACAACCUGACCUGGAUAUUCGCCGCCUUUGUGGCUUUCAUUGAAGUUCUCAACAUCUUGAUACUCGUACGCGUUAUAAAAGAGAUCACCAAUUUGGUGCAGCCAAUAGCAGAAGACAACCAUUUUCAGCAAAUACGACUUGGCAUCAAAGCAUGCUUAGUGAUAAUUCCCCUACUGGGUGUCACGUGGCUAUUUGGUCUCCUUUCGCCAGUACAUAAAGCUUUCGCCUACAUCUUCACCAUACUCAACUCUACUCAGGGUUUCCUGAUUUUCGCUCUACACUCCCUGCGAAACACUCAGAUCAAAGAACGAUUCAAAAGAAAGAUGAACAUCGUUUUUCUAUCUUCGAUAAAGGACACCUCCAUAAGGAAGAGCUCACAGGUCAAAUCAAGUGAGAUAGACAUUGUAUGGACAGUUGAGUUGCAGUCUUGUGCUGAAUUUGAAUCGAAAUAUCGCACAACUCAGGUAACUGGAUCCAGCAAACUGGAAAUAAUAGUCAAUUACUUAGUUAACAGCUAUUAG